CCCGUGGCCGUCAACAAAGAGGAACAAAAGCAACUGUUACGGCAUCACCCCGACCAGCCCCGGAACCCCAAGGUUUUAAGAAUUGCCAUUAUUGGGGCACCCAACGCUGGGAAGUCCACACUUUCUAAUCAGCUCUUGGGCAGAAAGGUUUUCCCUGUUUCUAAGAAAGUGCACACAACACGCUGCAAAGCCCUGGGUGUCGUCACCUACGAGGACACACAACUGGUCAUUCUGGACACACCUGGCCUCACGAAUCCCUUUAAAGCCAAAAGACAUAAAUUAGAUAAAGCUAUGCUGACAGACCCAUGGGACAGCAUGAAACAUGCAGAUUUAGUUCUGGUUCUGGUGGACGUGUCGGAUCACUGGACACGAAACUCUCUGAGCAAGGAGGUGCUGAAGUGUCUUUCCCAGUUUCCCCAGAUCCCCAGUGUCCUGGUUCUGAACAAGGUGGAUCUGCUAAAGAAGAAGUUUAUCCUGCUGGAACUAGUAAAUGAUCUAACAGAGGGCAUUGUAAAUGGAAAGAAACUGGAAGCGAGAUCUGGAUUUAAACAGAAUUCUGAUUCUUCAGCAAAGUCUCCAGAAGCACAAGGGCCAAAGCACUAUGAACCCAGAGAUCUGAAAGCCAGGAGAGGCUGGCCCUGCUUCCAGGAGAUCUUCAUGCUGGCAGCUCUCCAUGGGGAGGAGGUGGAUACGCUCAAGCAAUACCUCCUGAUGCAAGCCAAGCCUGGCCCUUGGGAGUUUCACAGCAGGGUCUUGACCAGCCAGUCACCUCAGGAGAUCUGUGAUAAUAUCAUCAGGGAGAAGAUCCUGGAGUACCUGCCCCUGGAAGUGCCCUACGGCGUGACUCAGGUGACGGAGAUGUGGGAGGAAGGACCAAGUGGGGAGCUCCUCAUCGUGCAGAAUCUCUUGGUCCCAAGGAAGUCUCAUAUGACGAUGUUGAUUGGAAGAGGAGGUAAGGUUAUCAGCAGGAUUGCUCAGGAGGCUGGCCAGGACCUGAUGAAUGCUUUCCUGUGUGAUGUCCGUUUGAAGCUCAAGGUGGACUUAAAGACUUGA